AUGACAGACAACAACGCCCCUUCCCCCUCAAUUGAGGUCAAGAACCUAUCCUUCAAGUUCCCCGACGGUUCUCCCGGCUUGACCGACGUCAAUCUCCAAGCCCCCGCCGGCAGUCGAACCCUACUUAUUGGAGCCAAUGGCGCAGGCAAGACCACCCUCCUCCGCCUCCUAGCAGGCAAACGUCUAGCUCCUACAGACACCAUCACCGUAGCAGGCAAAGACCCCUUCAAGGACGGCCUGGAAGGCGUAACCUACCUCGGCAUGGAAUGGGUUCUCAACAACAUCGUCCGCACCGACAUCGACGUCCCUACCCUCCUCGCCUCCGUCGGCGGCAACGCAUACCCUGACCGCCGGGAUGAACUCGUCGACAUCCUAGACAUCGAUCUCCGCUGGCGCAUGCAUGCCGUUUCGGACGGCGAACGUCGCCGCGUCCAGCUAGCUAUGGGCCUCCUCCGGCCCUGGCAAGUCCUCCUUCUGGAUGAAAUCACUGUCGAUUUGGACCUCCUCUCUCGCUCCAAUUUCCUGGCCUUUCUUAAGCGUGAGACUGAGACCAGACCCUGUACUAUCGUCUAUGCGACCCAUAUCUUGGAUAACUUGUCGCUGUGGCCUACGCAUCUAGUCCAUAUGCAUUUGGGAAGCGUGCGUCAGUGGGGUCCCAUUGAGAAGUUCCGCGAAGAGGUUAAGGAGACCUCCGAAAAUAGUCAGCUCGGUGAGCUUGUGCUGAAUUGGCUCAAAGAGGACUUGCAUUCUAGGGGUCCGAGAAAUGGGUUCACCAGUCAGGCUAAGACUUACCCGUCGCUGGAGGGUUUGGGCGGGUAUGGCUUGGAAAAGCGGCCUGCUGCGUGA